AACUUGGCAGUCCUGGAAUCGCGAUGUCCCUGAUCUUCUCUCACUCCAACCCCAUCAUUUCAAUCAAGAAGGACAAAAGACACAUGGCCGAGGUGAAUGCGUCUCCACUCAAGCACUUUGUCACCGCCAAGAAGAAGAUCAAUGGUAUUUUUGAACAGCUGGGGGCGUACAUUCAGGAGAGUGCCACCUUUCUAGAGGACACUCACAGAAAUGUCGAGCUUGAUCCGGUCACCACUGAGGAGCAGGUGCUGGAGGUCAAGGCCUACCUGUCCAAAGUGAAGGGCAUCAGUGAGGUCUUGGCCCGGCGGCACAUGAAGGUGGCCUUUUUUGGCAGGACAAGCAAUGGAAAAAGCACCGUGAUCAAUGCCAUGCUCUGGGACAAAGUCCUCCCCUCCGGGAUUGGCCACACCACCAACUGUUUCCUCCGGGUGGAGGGGACAGACGGCCAAGAGGCCUUCCUGCUCACCGAGGGCUCUGAGGAGAAGAAGAGCGUCAAGACAGUAAACCAGCUGGCCCACGCCCUUCACCAGGAUGAGCUCCUGAAUGCUGGCAGCCUGGUGAGUGUGAUGUGGCCCAAUUCCAAGUGUUCUCUUCUGAAAGAUGACUUGGUGCUGAUGGACAGCCCCGGGAUUGAUGUCACUACAGAACUGGACAGCUGGAUCGACAAGUUCUGCCUAGAUGCAGACGUGUUUGUAUUGGUGGCCAACUCAGAGUCCACCCUGAUGCAGACGGAGAAGCAGUUCUUCCACAAAGUGAGCGAACGCCUUUCUCGCCCCAACAUCUUCAUCCUCAACAAUCGCUGGGAUGCCUCUGCCUCAGAGCCAGAGUACAUGGAAGAGGUCCGGAGGCAACACAUGGAGCGCUGCACCAGCUUCCUGGUGGAUGAACUGGGUGUGGUGGAUCGGGCCCAAGCCGGGGACCGCAUCUUCUUCGUGUCUGCCAAGGAGGUGGUCAAUGCUAGGAUCCAGAAAGCUCAGGGGAUGCCAGAAGGAGGAGGCGCCCUGGCCGAAGGCUUUCAAGUGAGAAUGUUUGAGUUUCAGAACUUUGAGCGGAGGUUCGAGGAGUGCAUAUCGCAGUCAGCCGUGAAGACCAAGUUUGAGCAGCACACCGUGCGGGCCAAGCAGAUGGUGGAGGACGCACGCCUCAUCAUGGACUCUCUGCACGUAGCGGCGCAGGAGCAGCGAGUUUACUGCCAGGAAACACGAGAAGAGAGACAGGACAGGCUGGGAUUCAUUGACAAGCAGUUAGAACUCCUAACUCAAGACUUCAGAGUUCGAAUUAAGCAAAUCACUGAGGAGGUGGAAAGACAGGUGUCUAAUGCAAUGGCUGAAGAGAUCAGGCGCCUCUUGCUGGUAGAUGAAUACCAAAUGGACUUUCAUCCCUCUCCAGUGGUGCUCAAGGUUUAUAAGAAUGAGUUACAUCGCCACAUUGAGGAGGGGCUGGGCCGCAACCUGUCUGACCGUUGCUCCAAUGCCAUCACAGGGUCCCUGAAGACCAUGCAGCAGGACAUGAUAGAUGGCUUGAGACCCCUCCUUCCCAUCACCCUGCGGGGUCAGAUCGACAUGCUGGUGCCACGACAGUGCUUCUCGCUCAGUUACGACCUGAACUGUGACAAGCUGUGCGCUGACUUUCAGGAAGACAUUGAGUUCCACUUUUCUCUUGGCUGGACUAUGCUUGUGAAUAGGUUUCUGGGACCAAAGAACAGCCGGCGGGCCUUGAUGGGCUAUAACGACCAGAUUCAGCGUCCCAUACCUUUAACUCCAGCAAACCCUAGCAUGCCUCCCUUGCCUCAGAACUCUCUCUCCCAGGAAGAGCUCAUGGUUUCAAUGGUCACUGGCCUGGCCUCCCUGACCUCCAGAACCUCCAUGGGAAUUCUUGUCGUUGGAGGAGUGGUCUGGAAGGCGGUGGGCUGGAGGCUGAUCGCCCUUUCCCUGGGGCUCUAUGGCCUCCUCUACGUCUAUGAGCGCGUGACGUGGACCGCCAGAGCCAAGGAGAGGGCCUUCAAGCGCCAGUUUGUGGAGUACGCCAGCGAGAAGCUGCAGCUCAUCGUCAGCUACACUGGCUCCAACUGCAGCCACCAGGUCCAGCAGGAACUGUCUGGGACCUUUGCUCACCUGUGUCAACAAGUAGACGUGACUCGGGAGACUUUGGAGCAGGAGAUUGCUGUCCUGAAUAAAAAGAUCGAGGUUCUCGAUUCAUUGCAGAGCAAAGCCAAGCUCCUCAGGAAUAAGGCAGGCUGGCUGGACAGUGAACUCAGCAUGUUCACCCAUCAGUACUUGCAGCCAGGCAGAUAGUGCGGAGAGCUGGGAGCUCCCGGAGGUGUGAAGAGCGGACGUUGGGGCCCAGACUGAGGCGGAGCCGUGGGAGAGGCCUCAGGCCAAGACACAGCAGCCAGUUCUCGUGGGCGGCAGCCACGUAAAUGAUAGCACCCCGAUUUCUGAUACGGCGUUGAACCUUUGAACGCUAGUUAUUUAUUAUCCUUCCUUUGCCUGCUGUUGAGAUUAGGUGGUUUGCAGGAAGAAUGUCUCCAUAUGCUUAAGGGAGAAUUAACUGCAGACGGUACUGAGGUUUCUUUAAAUUUUGUUAUUUCUAAACUUUUAUCAAGUUCUAAUUGAUUCAGUCUUUUGGUUAUUUGGUAAAUGACUUGUUAAAAUGAUUUUUUUGAUCCCAGAGUUGGCUAAAGCCCAUAUUAAGAGUAUUGGAGAAACUUAGUGAUCAAGCAGAGCCCCCUCUUCCCCUCCUCUCCUCCCUCCCUCCUGCCCUCUGUGGCAUUCGCAUUAGCCUGUGUAGGCCCACAGUCCUCUGCUCUUCUUCAGCUGAAAUACAACAGUAGAGAACAGCCGCUCUUUCUGCCCCUCACAUACAAAUGUUCAUUUGAAAUAGCUACAGAGGAGUUGAGAGUUGUAGCCAGAGCCAGCCCAGGAAGAAGCCUUCCUUGGGUUCAUUGGGCUUGGUCAGUUUGAAUCCUAUUUUCCCUUUGCAGUGCUUCAGUCAGUUUUGCAGACAGCGCUUUGUCAGGGGUAUUUGACACAUGCAAUGGCCAGGCUAGGGACGCUUAGCCACCCGAGAGCUGUGUGGUACUUGAAGAAUUGCUGCAAAUGGAAACGUAGGUGAUGAGAAUCGCUUAGAGAGAACAGUUAGCAGACCAACGGUAUAUGAGGAAUGAAGUGCAUGGGUGUGGUGCUCACUUUUAAGAUGGCGACACUUUCUGCCAGUUCUCUUCCCCCAGAUGUGGUUGUUUCAGGUCCUCAGUUCAAGUUCUGCAGUGCAUCUGUGCAAGGUCUCACUUUAUGAAAGAUAAGUAGGUUUGAAGUAAGGAAGGAAGCUGCUGAAGGAAGAUAAGGCAGAAAUGGCUUGGGAAUUGAGAGGAGACGUGGGCAGCAAGCAUAGAUAGUGGUGCCUUCCUGCAGGGCCUCUUUGAGCACAGCGAAAGACCUCCUUGAAUGGUGGUUCUCAAGCUGGCCUUCAUUUGUACUUGAAGUUGGCCCUCUUAAUUGCCCAGCUUAGGUCUGCCAUCCCUUGCAUCUUCCCCCAAGAUGAAAUCACUGGUGUCAAACAUCCUGCCCGCAUGUCUGUCUAAGAGUCUGUUCCACAUUACUGCAGCUGUUCCUGACUCAGCAUUCAGUGCCAGUGACUCCUUGGAAUCAUCUGACAAAGAAUUUGGAAAAACCCAAACCUCCCCUCUCCAUCUCCCAUCAUCCGUCCCCAUCAGUUUCAGUCUGAGACACAUCUUGGCCAAGUAAGUGCACUGAAGACUGUUUUCCUGUCAUUAAAUUUGUGGUGACUUCUCAUUGGAGGUGGAUGAACCCCUGCCCCUGGAAUGUUGGCUCCUUCUCUGGUCCCAGGCAGAGCCUGGGAAAAGCAGCAUCUAUCCUGCAGAGUCUUGAAGCUCUGGAGAACAGGCCAGUGACUGCCCAUGGGGAGAUGGGAUUUCUCCAAAGGAGAUGGCUUGCCUGUGAGGCAGGGACCCUCUUCCUUCCCUCGAGAGCUCUGUAUCCUCACUCCAGCUGGCCAUUAGGUGGACCUUCUCCCUCCUUGUUUCUGUGUCUUUCUGUCAUUGCAUCAUCCUGGGCUUAGCUAUUCGUCUAUCUUGUGCAAAAUAUGUUCUGGUCUCCAUUUACAACCCAGUAAGCAGGCAGGAAUGUUGUAAAGCAAUUUGAGUGCAGACUGACCCUUCCGUAGCUAAGGUUCCACUAUUGAGUCUUCAGUGGUUGGUGACUGAGCUGGAGCCACGGUAGGGGUGAAGGGAACUCGCUCCAGAUAGUGCUGUUGGGCAGGGACUUGGAUGGCAUUCAUGUACCUAUCUGUCCCAGAUCCCAGUGGCAUAGGAACAGAAGGGCAUGUAGUAAGGUCUUUGCUGACGUAGGAAAAUGGUGAGAGGAUAUUUUUAAUGUUUUGCGAGGAUUGACUGGUGGUAGCCUCAAAGGUUGAUUUAAAAUCACUGUAACAAAGCACAGUUGCCAAUGAAUUUUGUCGUAUUUGUGGGGGGUUUUUUUAAUCUAAAUUUUAAAAAGAAAACAUCUCUUAAUGUCUUGAAUAUAAAUGGGGAGCAAUGGGAAUUUUGAGGUUCUUUUGUGAUAAAUGGGUAAAAUUUAAUUUGUGACAAUGAGGAAAGACCUUUUAGUAAAAGAAGUUUGGGAAAGUGCACUUUAUUUUAUUGCUGCUAACUUUUUUCCCUUUUUUGUGUUGUUGGGGUACCAAGACCUAAGCUUGAUAAUGAGUUCUCUCUCUGUUGUAUUUAAGAUGAUAGAUUUUCCUGAAUUGGCCCUAUAUCAUUGCCGAGAAUAUUGGAAACUGAAAUAAAAAGCUGUUGGGAAACAC